UAUAAAAGUAUCUCCUUUCCUGCCCCGGUUUUCCUCACUCCCUUCUCCGAUUCUCUCUGGUCUAAACCCUAAAAAAGUAAAAACCCUGAUUCAAACGGAGGAGAAUCCCUCAACAGCCUCCUCUUUAAGGGCGGUAGCAUUCACCCUUGAGCUACAGCCCGGAUUCUCGCAUCGACUUGUAAGUUUUUUUUUCGACUGGAGGUUGUUCGUCGAUCAUUGCAAGCGUUGUUCUUUGUAUCUCCUGAACGCACGCUGAUAUGGCAACCAGGCUUCAGUUUGAGAACUCAUGCGAAGUCGGGGUCUUCUCCAAGUUGACAAACGCAUACUGUUUGGUUGCAAUUGGGGGAUCGGAGAACUUCUACAGUGCGUUUGAGACUGAAUUGGCUGAUGUUAUCCCGGUUGUUAAAACGUCCAUUUCGGGCACUAGGAUCAUUGGGCGACUUUGUGCAGGAAACAAGAAUGGGCUUCUUGUGCCACACAACACUACUGACCAAGAGCUUCAACACUUGAGAAAUAGUCUGCCAGAUCAAGUUGUCGUUCAACGUAUUGAAGAAAAGCUAUCUGCCCUGGGGAACUGCAUAGCGUGCAAUGAUCAUGUUGCCCUUACUCAUACUGAUCUUGACAGGGAGACGGAGGAGAUAAUUGCAGAUGUUCUUGGAGUGGAAGUCUUUAGGCAGACUAUUGCUGGCAACAUUCUUGUGGGUAGCUAUUGUGCCUUCUCCAACAGAGGUGGACUGGUUCAUCCACAUACAUCCAUUGAAGACUUGGAUGAGCUCUCGACCCUCCUCCAGGUUCCUUUGGUGGCUGGAACUGUAAACCGAGGUAGCGAAGUAAUCGCAGCCGGUAUGACCGUGAAUGACUGGAUAGCAUUUUGCGGUUCAGACACCACAGCGACUGAACUAUCCGUGAUCGAGAGUGUUUUCAAGUUGAGGGAAGCUCAACCCAGUGCUAUUGUCGAUGAGAUGAGGAAAUCCUUGAUCGACAGCUUUGUCUAGUCAUUUAUCCUGAUUUUAUAUGUAUGUCUGAACGUGCAAUUUCCAGUCUUACCAAGUUGUAGACUGCAAAAAUUGAAUUUCGUGUUUGUUUGCCGUAAGAUCGCUUAAAAUAUUAAAGCCACUCUUGAGUAGUAAGUUGGGUUUC